AUGUUUGCAGACGCUGUGGUGAUCCCAUCUUCCCUCCGACCCUCUGUACUACGCCAGUUCUGUGCUAACCACGCUGGUACCAGUCGAGUAAAGUCUGUUGCUCGCAGUUUUGCUUACUGGCCGGAUAUCGACGGCGACAUCAAUGACGUGGUUCGACGCUGUUUCCGAUGCCAGCAAGUGGCCAGGAUGCCGCAUCGUCAACCUCCAAUACCAUGGCAAUCACAGGAGAGACCGUGGUCACACGUGCAUAUCGAAUUCGCUGGCCCAAUUAACGCAGUCUCCUAUCUAAUCUUGGUUGACGCCUACUCGAAGUGGCCCGAGAUAGCUCAACUGAAUUCAGCGACCGCAUCUGCCACUAUCGUCUUCCUACGAUGCAUCUUUAGCCAUCAUGGCUUACCAGAAGACUUAGUUUCAGAUAAUGACUCUCAGUUUACAUCGUCGCCGUCUGAGGAUUUCUGCCGUCAGCAAAUCAUCCAGCAUCUUCGCUCACCACCGUACCAUCCUCAGGCUAACGGUCAGGCGGAGCGUUUUGUCGUCACGUUUAAGAGAGCACACGGGGAGGGGACCACGGACAAAAUAGUCCAGACGAUGAUACGAUGA